AUCCUCGCUCGUUCUUCCAACUUGCCAGCAAUUACCUGUUAGCAAUCGCCGCCCGCCUGUACAGCAUUACAUACGCAUUACAUACGGAAACUCUAUACACAUUACCGCUCAGGCUCAGACUCCAGCUAACAGAUUGUCACUCGGCCCGGUCCCGUCCAGUAUCCAUCAUCACUCGUCUCAAUCGUCGUUGGCUCCCGUCACUCCAGGAUACCUUUCUGCUGCACAGCCUGCACACCCCCUUCUACACUACACUACACUACACACAUCUCAGACUGUGGCCCUCACCUCGGUCCAGGGUUCCGGUCGGUCCCCCCUCAGGCCCAGCUUUCCAGGACUGCCCUUCAUCUUACCCCAUCACUCUAACCCCCUCAUCCAUCCCGUCCCCAGGUUAGGUAGGGCUGGGUGGGUUGAGAGACAGACCCUGCGUCAUUCUGUCUUAUCUACUUCAUACUUCGGGCUCGUUAUCGGCAUCCCCCCCUGCUGCUGUUGGGAAAGUUGUGUCCAUCUCAGUCUUAUCACUUCGUUGGCUGUCUGCACUCCCAGUUCCCGGUACUAACUCUACCCUGUACUGCAUCCCUCUGUGGUGUGCCUCGUUGCCGGGUGCUACCUGUCUGGACCCAAGAUCCAUCAAAGACCGACGACUUUCCAGACGUUGCCCCGGAUAGUUCUGUUUCUACCUACACCCCUCCCUUAUUGUACCUCUUAGGGCUGGUACUACAGGUACCCUACUUGUACAUCCCAACUUCCUUCCUGACCUCCACCUUCUAUCAAAGAGCAGCGUACCGCUUGGGCGUCUGACAGUCAGGCGCACCUGUAUACCUCGCCAGGACACAAUAUCCAAGGUUACCAUCGCUCUCACACGUCCGUCAUUCCGUAUCAAUUCCGCUCCACACACAGUUUUGUCUCGUAUACACAACAGGACAAGACGUGCGGUGGUAGACAAGAGUGUGCGUGGUGUGUGGUGGUGAGACCUACUGAGGCGACUUGAAAACAGGAACCGCCCAAUAUCGGCCAUCAUUAGGGUUUCAUCCCAGGUCGAGACUGGUUUGAAGCAACCCGACACAUCCUUGGUGGCUUCAAACGGAAGCCCGGGUUCCAUCCCAUCCUCAAACGUGCCUGGCAAGUGGAAGCAGGUACCUACAACCUACAGGCAUCUAAAGCACUGUACGGGCAUUACCUGGUUUUGCAACAGGUGCUGCGUUAGGCUUGGGUUCAGGUUGUCGAUUGAUGGCCUUACCCCUUCCCCACAUCUCCAUUGGCAGCCGCAAGACAUCCCUGAUCGAGGUGAUCCACGCCCACCUCAGCACGCACGACGUUUCUGUUGUCCGUCCAUCGCGUCGUCGCUCCCUUGGCACUCCAGUUGAUCCGUCAACGAUAAACCACAAGCCAUGUACCAGCCCCAAUACGGCUACAACCCCAAUCCCGCCGCUGGUGCGGGAGCUGGCAAUUCAGCUCCUCAGGCACCUCACUUGCAGCCCAGUCCCAGUCGCGGGCCGUCCCCGAGCCAGCAGCAGCAUCACCAGCAGAUGGUGUAUAACAGCCAGCAACAGCAGCCCGGGCAGCAACACCACCCAGGCCAGCAGCAACCGCAGCAGCAGCAGCAGCAGCAGCAGCAGCAGUUCCACAUGGGCUCCCAAGCCGGCGGCAGUCACUUCCCAGCUGCUGCUGCUCCGAGCCCAGGAAUGAUGGGAACAGGUGCUGGUCCUGCAGGAAUGAUGCAGAAUUCCGCCAUGCCGCACACCAUGGCUACCACCAAUGGUCAGAUGGCAUUCCAAGCGCCUUACACAAGUGCGCCGUAUGUGGCAGCCGUGCCAUCACCUGUGGCACCUCAGCCGCACCUUCCAGCUAACUAUAUGAUGUCUGCUUCUAUGCCCCAUUAUCCAAUGAAUGCUGCCUUGUCCCAGCAGCAGCCAAUGAUGCAACGCAUACAUCCCUCUCAGCAGAAUGCUGCCAACAUGUCCACAUCAACACCCCAGCGCUCCGCCAACCCUGCCUCUCAGGGCACCCCAAACAACGCGAUGCCCUCCCAGCAGCCAGGUACUUAUUCCACGACCCAAGGUCAAGGAGGCUCUGCAAAUCACACACCAACCACCACCCAGCCUCAAAGUGGCUCGGCUGGAGGCACACCCCAAACACCGACGUUCCCUUCUACCGGAGGACAAGGUCAGGUCAAUGGGACGCCGAUACACUCAGCUCCUCCAAGUCCAGCUACGAGAUCGCGUGAAACGGAAAGGUUCGCCGUGUUAUUGGAAAUCAAUCAUGAGCUCCUGUACGAACUAGCCUGUCUCCACAUUAGCCGGCUAGAGAUUAAGAGAGAAAAGGAGUUGGCUGGUGAAUCGGGUGAGCAGCAGCAGAAUGGUGGAAUGAGCCUCUCCGAGGAGGAGAAAUUGACAGAGCAGGAUUAUCAGCAAUGCUUGGUCAGGGCCAGAACCAACAUGGGUUUUAUGGGCUCGCUAUCACAGCCGGGCAAACAACCCAAUGUACACCCAUAUCCGGCAUAUCUGACACCCCCACCCUUACACUUGAAUCUCAGGAUAAGAGUAGCACAGAACACAUUUGCUGAGGACAGCGCGGGUGAUGCGCCACCUGACCCGAACACUGAUCGCGCGGAAAGACAUGAAAUCAUGACGGAUCUCUACAAGAAGCUCCAGUCACUCUAUCCGGGCGUUGAUUAUAAAAAUGAGCCUAUCUGGAGGGCAGGCACGAACCCUUUAACAGGACCAUCGGGUCUUUCCGGACCUGGGUCAAUGCCGGGAGGUAACCCUGAUCAGCUAUCGCAGCAGCAGCACCAGCAGCAGCACCAGCAGCAGCAAGGCCAGCAACAGCAAGGACAGCAGCAAAAUUUGCAACAGCAACCUGGCCAACAGCAACAACAGCCCGGACAGCAACUGAAUUAUCAGCAAAUGAUGAUGCUGAAGCAGCAACAAUACCGUGAACAGAUGCACCAAAAGCAGCUACAAAUCCAACAGCAAAUCCAGCAGCAGCAGCAGAAUGGCCAGCUAGCUGGCGGUGGUGUAGGGUCGAACCACGGAAGUCCGGCUCCAAGCGGACAGCUGCUACAGCAAGGCAUGAAGACGCCGCAAAUGACGCCGCAGAUGUCCAACGCCAUCCCUCCCGGGAUGGCGACACAGCAUCAGCAGCCUCAAGGUCAACAAAGCCAACAAGAUACGCAGCAAUCGCAGCCCGGCACAUCGGGACCGCCAUGAGAACUUUGCCAGAAGUCAUCCCCGUUAGUUGCCAUGAAAGUGAACGAGAGGAAAAUAAGAGGCACGUCAUAUUGAACUUGUAUAACGGUGGACUUUUAGGAGUUUUGGGAGACCGCAGGGCUGAAUGUUUGGCUAUGUCCUAGAAGAAGACGAGAAGAAAAACGAAAAGGUGGGACGUUUGGAUUAACGUGACGGGAUAGCCGGAAUAGAAUGAGGCGCGAAGUCUCACACCUUCUUCAUGUUAGAAAGAAAAGCCGUAUAUAUGUGUUGUGCUUCUGAUGGCUAGAAAUCGUGCCUACUUUCGGUUUUCGUGGUGACUCAUGGUCACCUUUCAUUAUAGCGGAAUAGAC